AUAAACACGAUACUCUCUCCUCUUCAAUUUUCCAACUGCUUUUCAAAUAUCUCUUCUCAUCCUCGCCUAAUUCUCAAUUUUGGUGUCAAACAACCACAUAUACAAUCCAAAUUCAGAAAAAAAUGGUUGUGGGUAUGAUGAAAUGGAGGCCAUGGCCACCACUUUCAUCCAAGAAAUUUAAAGCCAAGAUCAUCAUACGGCAUCUUCAAGGAUUGCCUGCAACUUCAGAUGGUGGGUCUCAAGAUCUUUCGGGAUUGGCUGUUGAAGUUAAGUGGAAAGGCUCUAAUAAGUCCAACAAUCCGCUGAGAUUUAAGAGAAGUGUGAGGAGGAAUGUUACCAAGGAAGGAUUUUUGAAAGAUGAUGGGAUUGUGGAAUGGAAUGAGGAAUUUGAUACUGUUUGUAAUUUCUUGGGUUUGAGAGAUGGGGGUUUUCAUCAGUGGGAAGUUGCAUUCACGGUGUUUGAUGGCUCAAAUCAAGGACCAAAAAAGAGGUAUUCUGCUGUUGCAACUGGAUCGUUGAACCUUGUCGAAUUUUCUUCUUCUGCUGAGCGAAACGAGACUGAUAUAAGCAUUCCUCUUUCAGCGACUAGUAGCAUCACAGAGUGUGGACCUAUACUUUGUGUAUCUCUCAGCCUGCUCGAGCUGAGGAUUCCACACGAGAGUACAGAACAAGCACAUGGGUCUGUUAUACCUCUUCCAUUGUCACCCCAUUAUGGAGAAAUCUCAAUUACGGAGAAAGAUGAGCGAUCAGGUCUUAAAGCCGGUCUUAGGAAGGUCAGGAUCUUCAGGGCAAUAUCAGUUAAUCAGGCUAAAAAGGCAUGUCGUGAAGAAGAGGGUAGCGAUGGAAAAAGCUCAGUCAGAAGUUACGAUGCUGACUACCCAUUUGACACUGACUCACUUGAAGCAGAUGAAGUUGAUUCAGAGGAAGUAAAAGAUGCUGAUUCUACUGUUAGGAAGUCUUUCAGUUACGGAACUCUGGCAUAUGCAAAUCGUGCUGGAGGGUUAUCUUACUUCAAUUCAAGUUCUAGUGAAGAUGAGGAUUGGAUUUACUACCGCAAUUAUAAAGAAAAAUCCGAUUAUUCAAGUCCAUCUAUCAUCGAUCCCUCAGAAACACAAAGCACAAAACGAAGCAUCUUCCCAUGGAGGAAGAGGAAGUUGAGUUUUAGAUCCCCAAAAACUAGAGGAGAACCACUUUUGAAAAAAGAUUCCGGAGAAGAAGGUGGAGAUGACAUAGAUUUUGAUCGCCGAAUGCUGAGUUCUUCAGACGAGUCCACUUAUGGGCCUAAAAGUGAGGCGGACAUGAAUGCAAACAGGUCUUCGAUCUCUGAAUUUGGAGAAGACAAUUUUGCUGUAGGUACGUGGGAGAAGAAGGAGGUGAUAAGCAGGGAUGGGCAGAUGAAGCUCCAGACCCAAGUUUUCUUUGCUUCAAUUGAUCAAAGAAGCGAAAGAGCAGCUGGUGAGAGUGCAUGCACAGCUUUAGUCGCGAUUAUUGCAGAUUGGUUCCAAAACAACUGGAACGAAAUGCCAAUCAAGUCCCAACUCGAUAGCCUAAUUCGAGAAGGUUCAUUAGAGUGGAGAAAUCUUUGUGAGAACGAAGUUUAUAGGGAGAGGUUCCCAGAUAAGCACUUUGACCUUGAGACCGUGCUCCAAGCCAAGAUCCGUAAUCUUGCAGUAGUCCCUGAAAAGUCAUUCAUCGGAUUCUUUCAACCUGAAGGGCUCGAGGAGGGUGAUCUUCACUUUCUUGAUGGUGCUAUGUCGUUUGACAGCAUAUGGGAUGAGAUCAGUAAGAUCAGUUGUAGCCAUAGUGACAACAUGAAUCCAUUGGUCUACGUUGUAAGCUGGAAUGACCAUUUUUUCGUGUUGAAAGUUGAACGGGAUGCAUACUACAUUAUCGACACAUUGGGAGAGAGGCUUUAUGAAGGAUGCAAUCAGGCCUAUGUGUUGAAGUUCGAUAAAGAUACAACAAUAGAGAGACUACCAACUGAGGAUACACAAAAAUUAAACGAAAAGACAGAAGGCGAAAAGGUGAAUGCGAGUGAAAGCAAGGAGACUGAAUUGGCGGUUGUCGAUAGUGAGAAAGAGAAAGCGGAGGCUAUGGUGUGCAGCGGAAAAGAGUCAUGCAAAGAGUAUAUAAAGAGGUUUUUAGCUGCAAUUCCGAUAAGAGAACUGCAGGCUGAUCUGAAGAAAGGGUUGAUGGCGGCAUCGACACCACUUGUUCAUCAUCGGCUGCAAAUCGAAUUUCACCAGACCGAGUACUUCCAGCCUCCGAGCAACGAGACGAUGGCUAUUACGGUAUGAAUUAACACUUGGUAACUGAUGUUAAUUGUUUUUGUAGCCUAACACCCCAAAAAAACCAUGAAUGGGUUAAAAAUAAUGAAAUCUCAUUCGUGUCCUCUUAUUUUUGAUGGGUUUUUCCGACAUUGUUGUGAGGAUGGAAGUUAUAAUGUAAAUGUCUAAUAUGCAUGAAUCUGUGUUAAAUGUUCGGUGUUGAUUACUUGUGGAUGUUAUAUAGCAAAUAUGUACCCAAUAAAUUA